ACAAGCUCCGUGCCAAACAGCGCUCGAAAGCCCCCCUCGUUGGCAGCGUGUGUCCAACCACGGUAAUCUACGCGCUUGAACAUGGGCUCACGACGUCAAGACAUCGGCCCAGCGGUACACUCGAAGGGGGGCAAAGCCUCCAGGAAGUUAACGUCUUCGCUUGGAUCAAAAUCAGCGAAUGCAAGGACUCGCCUCACUUUGGCCCAUUGGCACGGAUUUCUGGUUGGGUGGAAAGAUUUCUUGCUCUGUCCAAUUGCUCAAUGGAGACCAUCUCGUGUUCGAGAUAUUCCUCUAACGUUCAAGAAACCACUUCAGGAUUGGCUGAAGUCACAAGGUCUCGUAUCAACCGAUGAGAAAAGAGAAAGCAGCUCGACGCUGCGGAGCGCCGGUGCAACAUUUGGCAGAUUCGCUGACGAUAACCUUCUCUUGAGCCCUACGUCUCCCAGAACAGCACAUGAGAGACUCGCGACGCACCGCUCGGUCUUCUCCAUGUGAACGCCUUCAAAAAUGCUAUGCCGAAUUCAGCUGCACUGUUUCUCGAUACCUGGUGUCUUGAAUAACUCUAAAAAAACGCUGCUAGCUCUACCACGAUCAAAUCGCAGAGAAACUUGCACUCUCAGACUCUUCAAUAAUGUAUGUGACGCUGUUUUCAUCAGGUCGUCAAUGAUCCGGCCGAG